AUGGUGGUUCUAGCAGCAUCAAUUUGUACCCGAGGCGGUAAAGCCUUACUCUCGAGGCAGUUCAGAGAUAUUUCCAAGGACAGAAUCACUGCAUUGUUGGCCAAUUUCCCAAGCUUAAUUUCCAGUUCAACUAGUCAACAUACCAGUGUCGAAGAUGAACAAGUCAGAUACGUCUACCAACCAUUGGAAGAAUUCUACAUCGUUUUGAUCACCAACAAGACAUCCAACAUUUUGCAGGAUAUAGACACAUUGCAUUUAUUUGCUUCCACCAUAAGUAACCUUUUGAGGAACGUUGACGAACGCGAGAUUUUCGACAAUGCAUUUGAUAUCAUUGAUGCCUUUGAUGAAGUUAUCAAUUUAGGAUACAAGGAGAACUUGACCAUGAGUCAAGUGCAAACGUUCUUGGAGAUGGAUUCACACGAAGAAAAGAUCCAGGAGAUUAUCGAAAGAAACAAAGAAUUGGAAGCUACUGAAGAAAGAAAGAGGAGAGCCAAGGAGAUACAAAGACAAGAAAUGGCCAGACGUGCUGGAGCUGGAGCUGGAGCUGGAAGCGGAAUGGGAUCAUCCUCCUUUGGUCAGCAGAAUAUGGGUUACGGAAUGGGAAGCAAUCGCGUACAACCAACUUAUCAACCUCCACCUACUAUUGAAACAACAGUCAAUGAGCCAAGAUCUAAAUUUGACGCUCCAAGCAGACCAAGAGGAGGCGGACUACAAUUGGGCAAAAAGACAAGCAAGAUCCGCGCCCCCAUACCUUCAGCCGCAGGCUCUGCUCACGAGCCAUUGCUUACUUCUCAGAAACCAUUAUUCAAUCAUCCUCAUUCAUUAUCAUCAUCUUCUUCAACAGCAGGAGCAACAGCAGCAGCAGCAGCAGGCUUAUCCAACCAGCCUGCAACACCAAUCUCCAAGAGCUCUUCACCAGCACCAAAUGUGGUAAAAGUUGCCAAUAAUGGUAUCUUGGUGACGAUAAACGAAAAAGUCAGUGCUAAAUUAACCCGCGACGGUUCAGUCACAUCUAGUGAAGUCAAGGGAGAUCUACAAUUGAGAAUCAAUGAUGCAUCUUUGGCCAAUUGCAAAAUCCUAUUUAAAUUCGAUGACGCUAAGCUCGAUAAAAAGCAAUUCAAGAUCCAUCCCAAUGUUGAUAGAAACUUGGUUUACAAUGAAAACAUCAUCCGUGUCAAGGACAAAGCUAAGCUGUUUCCACUGAAUGAUCAAGCAACAGGGGUUUUGAAAUGGAGAUACGUUGGUAAAGCUGAUGAUACUACUAGUGUGCCUUUAUUGGUUACAGCAUGGGUCAAUAUUGGAGAUGACAAUGUCGCGUCAGUGACUUUGGAGUAUGAGUUGGCGCAAGAUUUUGUUGAUGCUCAUUUGGUGAAUGGAGAGUUUGCAGUUGGCGAUGUCAAGAUCCUCGUUCCUGUGCUUGAAAAUGACCUUUCGUUACAAGGUGAUGACGAUGAGUUGGUGUCAUAUGAGAUUUUGGAGCUGGUGGGGACGGUAUUCAACAUCAGCAAGAUUGAUUUGCAGGAGCCUCUGGGCUCUUUCGAGUUUACUGUGCCUCUUGGCGAAGAAGGCGAAGAAGCGUUGUUCCCAGUAGAGAUUCAAUUCGAUAUAAGUAACACGAAAUGCAUCGAAAGUGACGCCUCAUUGGGUGGUGUGAGCAUCACAGAUGUUGUAUCUAAUAAUGAUGACGAGGAAUCAUUGCCAUUUGAUUUACACUUGAAUCUUGCUUCAGAUAGUUAUAUCGUUGAGUAA